AUGCUGGUGGUUGAGCUUGUACCUCUUACCGUCUUGGUGUGUUUUAUCGGCAGAGUCGCUUCGUUGAACCAAGCCCUUCAGAUAGGUGGGUUACUUCACUUGUCUGGAAGUGCACCGAGCGCAUUCUAUGGAAAGUCUGCCCUUGCUGGUGCCCAACGUGCGGUUGGAGAUAUCAAUGAGAAUAGGGAUGUGCUGCCGGACUACGAGCUGAAGUUCAAAUACAAUGAUACUCGGGCUGAGAUCGGGGUGUCAAUGGAUAGCCUGUACGACAUGCUUCAAGAGCCAGAGAUGUUAGUGGCGUUUUUUGGACCAGUACAGUCUCCAGUUGCGGACGUAGUGGCACAGGUUUUGAAACGUAGAAACGUUAUUCAGAUGAGUCCUGGCGCAACCAGCACCAUCUUCGAAGAUCGUAUAAAGUAUCCCUACGUGUACCGCACCAGUUCCUUAUGGAGUGAGGCUAGCAUAGCAGAAGCUGAGAUCAUCCGUACGUUUGGGUGGAGGAAGAUUGCUACUCUACAGGGAGUUAUUGAACCACAUGGAGCGCUCAUCCGAAUGCUUCAAACGGAAGCAUUAACAAGCAACUUCUCUCUCGUCAUCUCAGAAACUUUUCAUGAUGAUCCGCUGGAGGCCUUACAACGUAUAAAGGACAAGGAUGCUCGAAUUAUAGUCGGUACCUUCUUCGAAGGCGAAGUUCGCAAAGUUUUUUGCAGGGCUUUUGAACUGGGGAUAUAUGGAGCAAAUUACGUGUGGAUGAUACCGGGUUACUUUGCAGACGACUGGCAGUCAGUAAAACAAGAUGGCGUCAGUUGCUCAGCGGAAGAUCUUAAGAUGGCUUCAGAGGGGUACUUAGGCUUCAUUGCAUCCUCAAAACCUAUCAGAAAUGAAGUCGGGCGGUGUGGAAAGACGCCAGAAGAGUUCCGCCGGGAAAUGUUUGAAGUCUUUGGUAACAACAUAUACCUGGGCCUGACUGCCUCUGCAUACGACGGCGUGUGGGCCCUGGCACUGGCAUUGCAGGAUGCAGAACGUGCUCUGAAUCGUAGUCUUGUUUCCUUCCGUUAUGGCGACAAAGAGUUCGCCAAGGUUGUCGGAGAGAUGAUUCUCAAGCAGGAAUUUACUGGAAUGAAGGGGCCAAUAAAGUUUUCUGAUACUGGACAUGUGUUUGACAAUGUGCUGAUCAAACAAAAUGUCGGUGGUCAAACUAUUAUCUUGGGUACCAUGGGCACACAUUCCAAGUACAUCGAAUGGAAUGUUCCGACUGGUAACAUGUGGUACUACAGUGGAGGCAAACCGCCCCAUGACUCUGACAUCACAGUGACUAUCGACGUCCUUCAAGCCACGCCCAUUUCUGUCAUGGCUACUGUAUCUACACUAGCUGGACUGGGUAUCAUUCUGGCUAGUCUAUUCCUGGGCUUUAACGUAUGGUAUCGUAAACACAAACACGUGAAGAUGUCGAGCCCCAAACUGAACAACAUAAUUGCAUUCGGCAUAAUGGUGGCGUACGUGAGUGUCAUUCUACUGGGUAUAGAUAGAUCGAUGGUCAGCAGAGAUGCCUUACUCCGAGUCUGCAAGGUUCGGUCAUGGCUCAUUCCUAUUGCCUUCACCUUGGCCUUUGGCGGAAUGUUCAGUAAGACGUGGAGGGUGUAUAGCAUCGUCAUCGCAAACAAGACCAAGAGAAAGGUGAUACGAGACCGCUUUCUCUUCGGUAUCAUCGGGGUGAUGUUGUUGCUGGAUUUCCUAAUCCUCAUUCCGUGGCAGAUCAUUGAUCCGAUUCACAUCGAAGACGAAACACACCACAUUCGUCAGACUGAGACGGACCUGGCCAACUUUGAAAAGCGUCAGCUUCUCUACGUUAACUGCACGUCAACAAACAACACUAUCUGGAUGGCGGCACUGCUCAUCUACAAGACAUUUGUUGUGGUGUUCGGAGUCUUUCUAACUUGGUCUACAAGAAAUAUCAACGUUCCUGGUCUGAAUGACAGUUAUUACGUAGGUCUGUCAAUCUACAACACCGUCAUCUGCUGUGUCGUUGCUGUGCCGUUAUCGUUCCUUGCGGUGUCCUCCAUUGGUGUGACCUUUGCCCUCGUUUCCGGUUUCCUGCUCCUCUGCAUCACGGCUUCGCUCUGUUUGUUGUUCUUUCCGAAGGUGGUCGUAGUCUAUCGGAAGAAUGCAGUAGAUGACGUCACUGGAAUCAGGUUUGGGAUACCCACUACGUUAACAGCCGCAGGUACUUCACAGGGCCAGGCACUUGUUCCGAUGUCCAGUCAAAUUAAAGACAUUGAGUUGUCGACUCAAAAAGAAGGCACGAGUCAAAUGAACACGGUGUUAAUUUAACUGUACCACAACGGGCGUAAAUUGCACAAAUUGUCUUGUUAUUUUUUAAGUUUCCACGAUUUCCACGACUGUUAAUAUUAGAGACAGGAUUGUUAAGUUGAUGUAGUUAUUAAUUUAUCUAAAGCACAAGUUUUAAUAAUCUCAUUUAGUUAUUGAUGUGUUCAGUAAUUUUCCAAUUAUUUGCCACUUUCGUUGCUUCGAACAAGCAACCCUAGAUCUAUAAACAACUAAUAAAUAAACGAAAUGAGCCAGGUUACAGUACCAACGGCAGAAACAAAAACUAGUUCCAAACUUAAAGGCAAUGGACAGUAUUGGUAAUUACUCAAA